AUGCAACAGAAUCGCACACUUCGUGCUGCCGCAACUCUCUUGUUUAACAAGUUCCUUUGUCACCACCUUCUCCUCUUCAAGAUCCUUGAGACCUCAAGAGACCCAAAUAUCCGUAGUAACAUUAUCAUUGCUCUCGGCGAUGUGACAGUCUCGUUCAGCAACAUCAUCGACGAGAACAGCAAUGAAUUAUAUCAAGGCCUUUCUGAUGGAGAUCUUGUCGUAAAGAAGAACACACUGAUGAUGCUCAUGCACUUGAUCCUCAACGGGAUGAUCAAAGUGAAAGGUCAGCUAAGCGAGAUGGCUAAGUGUCUAGAGAACGAGGAAAUACGGAUAUCCGACCUUGCGAAGGUGUUUUUCAAAGAGCUGUCAACUAAGGACAACGCGGUCUACAACAACCUGCCUAAUGUCAUCAGUCACUUGAAAAGCAAGCCGAAAAUAUUGUGGAGAAGCUUUGCCAGUAUUUCAGACUCGCUGAGGAUCCCCGUCAAUGGCGCGACAUCACAUUCUGCUUGUCUCUCCUCCCAUUCAAGUAAGCGAUGGGUCAAAAAACUCAUCGAAGGUUUGCAAUCCUACCGCGAUAAGCUGCCUGAGGAAGGCGUGUUCGACAGGUUUGGUGAGAUACUUACAAACUUGUUGCGGCCCAAUACAUCGGCGAACAAGCCAGACACGGAGCUCAAUGAAUCUGAAUCGAUACUUAGCAAACAUCGACGCCAAGGCGAAGAGGACCAAGCCUUCGAAAAGCGCGUUGAAGGAAGAAAGCAGCUGGGAAACGGAAAGUUACACGACAAUCCGUGCACACGAAAGUUGUUGAAGCCGAGCCUGAGCCAGCAUUGCAAGCCCCGCCUUGUUAACUGGACUUUUGCACGCGUGGUGCGUCCACAGGACUACCUUAGGAUACUAGGCGUCUCCGGAUGCAUGUGCGAGAUGUGCGGGUUUGGCGCUGACGAGGAAUAUAAGCGGGAGAAGUAUGAGUGGGAGUGUGAAGCGCAACGACUCCGCCGACGAGCCUUUGCUCAGCUGCACGAAUGUUUCCGGAGAAAGUGA